AGUUUCGCUGUUAUAAAACAGCACCGCCACCACAGUGAGGACAGCUCAGAGCAGGCAACAUCCCCAACUGUCAGGCCACAGCAGGGACCUGGAAGACCCUCCUCCGUCCUCUUCAACCUCCCCGUUGCUCCUCGAGACUCCGGUCCGGUCGGGUCGUCUCGCGCCGCAGACAUGGCACCUGUCCUCCGAGUCCUGGCCGCUGCCAUGUUCGCCUCAGCUCUGCUGCUGACCGCGACGUCGGCCAACCUGAACGAAACUAUCUAUGCAGUGACUGUUAGCUCCCGUGUGACUGGAGGGAAACAGGAGACCCUGUGUGCUCACGUCCAGAACCCCGCUGAACGCCUCUCUCUCGCCGUCUCCCUGACUGUGAAUUCCAGCAGCAGCGUCAUCCUGGAGGCGACCGUCUCUGAGGAGUUCUAUCACUGCCUCAGCUUCCAGGUGCCAGCCGUACCAGUCAGGACGGUGGCAGUCAUCCAGGUGACCCUGGCGGGUGAGGGCGCCUCCAUGAGCAAGAAGACCAAAAUCGUCAUCGAGCCGCCCGGCUUCAUCCACAUUGUGCAGACUGACAAACCCAUAUACAAACCUGGACAGACCGUCAAAUUCCGGAUUGUCUCUUUGGAUGCCAGUUUCAUCCCAGUGGUUCGAGUGUACAAAGAGGUGGUACUCCAGGAUCCCAAUUCAAACCGCAUCGCCCAGUGGCUGAAUCAGACGAUUGGUGGCGGCAUCCUGGACCUGUCACACGCCUCUAUCCCCGAGGCCGCUCAGGGAACUUACACCAUCAGCGUUGUGACAGACAAAGAGGAGGAGAUCUCCCACACAUUCGACAUCAAGGAGUACGUUUUGCCAAAGUUUGAGGUAAAAGUGGACCUGCCCAGUGUGAUCACCAUCCUGGACACAACGACCACAUUCAAGAUCUGUGGAAAAUAUACGUAUGGGAAACCUGUUCUUGGUAGAGUUAAAGCCGAGUUUUGUAGGAAAUACUUUCAAUUUUUCUGGCGUUCAGAGGAGCCCGACAAUGACAUUUGCAAGAACUUUGAUUUGACUCUGGACAAAAGUGGAUGUGCCUCAGAAACUAUGAGCUUGGCAGAGUUUGCUCUAAACAAGUUCUCAUAUUCUGACCGUUUUGAGCUAAAUGCUGAGUUGGAGGAGGAUGGAACAGGGGUCGUUCUUAAAGGCUCAGGGAUGGCCAGCCUAAGCAGUCAGAUCAGAACUGUCACCUUCGAGGAUGUACCUGGAGCAUACAAGCCUGGCAUACCAUUUGAAGGAAAGAUCAAGCUGGUCGGCCCAGACAGCCAACCUGUUGCCAAUGAGCUGCUUUAUCUGUUUGUUGAAGACUCCAAGAAAAUGAUGCUCACAACAGACGCAAAAGGCAUUGCUCAGUUUUCUCUGGAUACGUCUGAGUGGAAGAGCUCUGUCUCUCUCAAGGUUCUCUCUAAGGAUACAAAGGAAAACGAACCUUAUGUUCCCAACUUACGGCGACCAGACUACGGAUUGGCCUACCAGUUCGUCUCACCUGCUUAUUCCAAGAGCAAUAGUUUCUUGAUGCUCAAGCAUAUCAGCGAGGGUUUCGCCUGCGACAGAGAUGCAACUGUGACGGCUCAGUACAUCAUCCAGGGAACAGAAGUGAAAGAGGGACAGACGGUCCUUAACUUCUUCUACCUGGUGCUGUCCAAAGGUGAAAUUGUGCGUCAUGGUUCUGUCCCAGUGAACGUCAAAACAGGAACUGUCAACAAAGGGGAGCUGACCGUCAGACUGAGUGAGGUGAUAGACCUCGCCCCUGUUGCCCAGGUGAUUGUUUACUCUGUGAUGGCCAAUGGGGAGAUAGUGGCAGACAGCCAGGACUUUCCCAUUCAGCUCUGCCUCAGUAACAAGGUGUCCCUGAAGUUCUCGUCCGUUCAGCAGCUCCCAGCAGAGCAGACCACCCUGACACUGAAGGCCAACCCCAAAUCCCUGUGCUCCGUCAGAGCCAUCGACCAGAGCGUGUUACUGCUGAAGCAAGAGCAGGAGCUCAACGUUGACUAUGUGUUUAACCAGCUGCCGGUCCAGAAGCUGUCAGGGUACGACUACGAGGUGGAAGACUUCGAUCCGUUCCGCUGCUUCCCCGGCAUGAUCCCCAGGCCAAUUCCUGAGUUCCAGCCUGUUCCUGAAGCUGAAGUCACUCCGACACCAAUCGUCGACGUCAACGUUCGACCAAAGCGCUCGCUCUUCAUCCCUCCGUUCUAUCAGAAGAUAGACGUCUACAGCAUUUUUAAAGACAUCGGAGUCAAAAUUGUGACAAACUCAGAUGUGAAAAAACCUUACGACUGCUUUGUGUUCAAGUUUAACGCAAUGCCAGAGGCUCUUCCAAUGGUAGAUGAAAUGGACCAGGCAGCCGCUCCAGUGUCAAACAGUCAAGCUGGAAUACCUAAAGAGACAAUUAGAAAAAACUUCUUGGAGACCUGGAUCUGGGAUCUGGUCUCAGUUGGAGACGGCGGGUCGGCGAGCCUUCAGAAGACGGUCCCUGAUACCAUCACCAAAUGGGCAGCCAGCGCCUUCUGUGUCUCCCCUACUGGUUUUGGUGUGUCGCCCAACACCGGGCUCACCGCCUUCCAGCCGUUCUUCGUCAGCCUCACCUUGCCCUACUCCGUCAUCAGAGGGGAGGUGUUCACGCUGAAAGCUACCGUCUUCAAUUACCUCUCCCAGUGCAUAAUGGUCAAAGUAACUUUGGCUCAGUCUGACCAAUUCACCUUCAGAGACUGUGAAGGCUGCCAGUACAGCAUCUGUCUGUGUGGAGAGGAGAGCAAGACCUUCUCCUGGAUUGUGACUCCAACUGCUCUAGGCGACGUGAGCCUGAGGGUCAGCGCCGAGGCUCUGAGGACCCGCGAUCUGUGCGGUAACGAGGUAACCACGGUGCCAGACGUGGGCCGAAUCGACACGGUGGUCCGCACGCUGCUGGUGGAGGCUGAAGGAACGCCGCAGAUGAAGAGCCACAACGCCCUGCUGUGUCCUGCAGAUGGUCCAGUGGAGAAGAAAAUCUCUCUCCAUCGGCCUGAAAUGUUUGUGGAGGGGUCAGCUAGAGCGUCCGUCUCUGUCCUGGGUGACCUGAUGGGCCGGGCCCUUCAGAAUCUGGACAAGCUGCUGGCCAUGCCAUACGGCUGUGGGGAGCAGAACAUGGUGCUGUUUGCUCCAAACAUCUUCAUCCUCAACUACCUGAAAAGCUCCGGUCAGCUGACCGAGACCAUCCUGGAGAAGGCCAAGCGCUUCCUGGAGAGCGGAUAUCAGAGGGAGCUCAACUACAAGCAUGAUGACGGCUCCUACAGCGCCUUCGGGAACAGCGACCCCUCUGGAAAUACCUGGCUCACUGCGUUUGUGAUGAAGUCGUUUGGCGGAGCCAGAGAUCACAUCUACGUGGACCCACAGCACAUCAAGGACGCCAGGACCUGGCUGUCCGGACUGCAGAAGAGCGACGGCUGCUUCACGUCUGUUGGGAAGCUCUUCCACAACAGCAUGAAGGGAGGAGUGAGUGACGACGUGUCGCUGACCGCUUACAUCGUCGCUGCUAUGCUGGAGCUGGACGGAGUCGCCUCGGACCCCGUGGUCCAGAAGGGCCUGAGAUGUCUGAAAGAUGCUGUGGCCGGGGAGUUUGACAACCUGUACACCACGGCCCUGAUGACCUACACCUUCAGCCUGGCUGGAGAUCAGGAGAGGAGGAGCAAACUGGUCACCAUUCUGGACCAGAAGGCCAAGAAGGACGGUGGCACUGUUCACUGGGAGCGAGUGGGAUCUUCUGAGGCGGGCCUGGACGCUGUGGAAGUGGAGAUGACCUCCUACGUGCUGCUGGCCCUGCUCCUCUCUCCUCCUCUGGAGGGCUUCAGUCUGGACUACACCUCUGGCAUCAUCCGCUGGCUCGCUCAGCAGCAGAACCCGUACGGCGGCUUCUCCUCCACGCAGGACACGGUGGUGGCCCUCCAGGCUCUGGCCAGGUACGCCGAGGCCACCUACAGCCCACAGGGAAUGACCACGGUGACGGUGACGUCCGUUGGCGGCUUGAGGAAGGAGUUCACGGUGACGCAGAGCAACAGGCUGCUGUACCAGGAGGAAGAGCUGAGCGAGGUUCCUGGAGAGUACACCGUUAGAGCCGAGGGACACAGCUGCGUGCUGACUCAGAUCUCGGCGCACUACAACGUUCCUCCACCUGACGACUUCUCAGCCUUCACCAUCACCAAGAGCAUCGAAACCAGAUGCAAACUCAGCCGGCCACAGCUCCACCUGGCUGUUCAUGUGAGGUAUCAGGGCAGGAGAGACGAGACCAACAUGGUCAUCAUCAACAUCAAGCUGCUGUCUGGAUACGUUCUGGAUCAGAGCUCCCUGCAGCUGCUGAAGGACGAGCGAUCGGUGAAGCGCGUGGACUCAGACGAAGGAUUCCUCAACAUUUACCUGGACGGGCUGAAAAAGGACGAGCCGCAGACGUGCAAGGUGACUCUGGAGGAGGAUCAGCGGGUCAGGAACCUGAAACCAGCUGUGAUUAAAGUCUACGACUACUACCAGCCGACUGACCAGGCUGCCACUGACUACACAUCCCCCUGUGCUGAGAGUAAGUCAGAGUUCUCCAACUUGGUUCUCUAAUGCUAGUUUUCUGUAGCGCCACGCCCACCGGGAUCUACAAGGUGGUGUUUAAACUGAGACGCUGUGGCUACGUGGAAGCCACAGCUGAAAGAAACGGGAGAGAGAUGAGAUUCUGGAGGAAACGUCAAAAAUGUUUCCCUAUUUUUUGUUUUUAGGGGGAUGACCAAAUGACCAAACGUUCUCAUUCUAUUAACGUUUUACUUUUCAUUACCAUAGAAAGUACUCCUACAUCUGUUUCUUUUUUAUUUUACUUCAAUGAAUGUGCCAAGUUAGAAUAAAAUUACAACUAAGCAGUAACAAUAAAUGUUCAAAGGAGUGGGUGGAAGAAUAAACUUAUUAAAAAUUGGUCUUGUCAGAUGUCUGCUUCUACUGAGCCAGGUUCUGGUUCUGCUGCAGGUUUCUUCCUGUUAAAGGUCAGUUUCUCCUCUCCACUGUCGCUCCAUUCAUGCUCAGUCAGGGAUUUCUGUAACGUCAACAACAUAAUGGAGGAGUGAAUGCUGAAAGUCAUGUCAGCUGAAAAUCAUGUCAGCAUUCACUGAAUGCAAUCUGUGGGUUUCCUUAUUAACUUUUUAAACAACUUUGAAUAAUUAAUAGAGCAUACUGUUCCGUUUGACAACUAAGAUCAAUGGGAAUGAAUGAUUGGAUUGAAAUUUCUUUCUUUUAAAACAUUUUCUCUGGCUCUAGUGACCUUUAUUGAACAGUAGUCAGAAAGGAAAGCAGGUUGUGUGAGGGAGUGAAGAUAAAGGUCAAAGGUCAACAGGCCAGGACUAGAACCCUUGAUGGCUGUAUCGAUUACCCCUUUGCCACCGCUGCCCUGAAAUAACUUUUUUUUGUUAUGAAACUAACCUAUAGAAAAAGACUGAAUUGUUUAAUGAAUGAACUGAACCUGUAAAAACAUUUUGCUGAACUGAGCAGAUCCGCUCUAGAUCCCAACUCGUCUUCCAUCCCACUCUGUAAACAUCAAUAUUCCUAAAGCAAGUAUAAUAAUCUUUAGUGUG